GCAGCGGAGCCGCAGAGCAUCGGCUUGUCCUCCGGAUUCCUCCCCCGCUCUCCGAGCCUCUGUCUCGGCGUUGACACACACCUCCUCCGGUUCCGUGCUGCUGGUGGUUCCAGGCGGAGCGGCGGUUCUUUGACCCAGUGGGAUGUUAGUGAGUCUGGGCUUCUCAGACGGAGCUGCUCGGGGCUUUUCUGCAGAGAUCAGGAGAUAAGGAGCAUCUCCGCGGCUCUUCACCAUCAUCUUCAUCAUCUUCGGCUGCAGAGGUGUGAAAAGUCAGUGUCAUGACUGGAGCGGAGACUGAGGAUGAUAUUCCUUUAGGAGAACGAAAAACCGUCACGGACUUCUGCUACCUGCUGGAUAAAUCCAAGCAGCUCUUCAACGGGCUGAGAGAUCUUCCUCAGUAUGGACACAAACAGUGGCAGUCGUACUUUGGGAGGACCUUCGACGUCUACACCAAGCUGUGGAAAUUCCAGCAGCAGCACAGGCAGGUCCUGGAUACGCGGUACGGUUUGAAGAGAUGGCAGAUUGGAGAGGUCGCAUCCAAGAUCGGACAACUUUACUACCAUUAUUACCUCCGUACCUCAGAAACCAGCUAUCUGAACGAAGCGUUUUCCUUCUACUCCGCGAUCCGGCAGCGUUCCUACUACUAUCAGGUCAACAAGGAGGACAGGCCUGAACUGGUGGUGAAGAAGCUUCGUUAUUACGCUCGUUACAUCGUGGUGUGUCUACUGCUGAACAAGAUGGAUCUGGUCAAAGUUCUGGUGAAGGAGUUAUCGGAUGAAAUCGAAGACUACACCCAGCGCUUCAACACCGAGGACCAACUGGAAUGGAACCUGGUUCUGCAGGAAGUGGCGGCUUUUAUCGAGGCCGAUCCGGUGGUGGUUCUGAACGACAACAACUCGGUGUUUGUCACAAGCAACCGGCUGCAGGAGGGCAGCGUUCCUCCGCUAGAGCAGGGGAUGGUGGUGGGUCAGCUCGUCCUCGCUGACGCUUUGAUCGUCGGAAACUGCAACAACCAGGUGAAGUUCAGCGAGUUGACCAUCGACAUGUUCCGGAUGCUUCAAGCUUUGGAGAGGGAACCAGUGAACCUGGCAACGCAGACCUCCAAACAGGGAACACUGGAGCCCAAUGAAAAACCGGCGAAGAGAGAAAACCCUCAUAAAUACCUGCUGUAUAAACCGACGUUCAGCCAACUCUACACCUUCCUGUCGGCUUCAUUUAAGGAACUUCCUGCCAACAGCGUCCUGCUGGUGUAUUUAUCGGCCACCGGCGUUUUCCCGGCUACACAUCUAGAUUACGAAGUAGGUCCGUAUGACUUCGGAGGAGUUCUGACCAACACCAACAGGGACGUGGUGAACGGAGAGUCGGCUCAGAAGAGGAAUCAGGCCCAGAAAGAGAUGCACUGCCUUCAUCCAGGGGAUCUGUUUCCUUUCACCCGGAAGCCUCUUUUCAUCAUCGUGGAUUCCUCAAACAGCUCCGCCUAUAAGAACUUCACCAACCUGUUCGGCCAGCCGCUGGUGUGCCUGCUGUCUCCUACAGUUUAUCCAAAAAGCGUCCAGGAUCCGUCUCAGCGCGGCAGCCUCUUCACCCUCUUCCUCUACAGUCCUCUCCUGGCUUUCUCCUCCAUCUGCGGCUUGAACAGCGUCCGACGAGGCCUUUGGGAACGUGCUGAAGAAUUCCUUCAAAGAGUGUUCCGGGACAUCGGGCAGAUGAUAACCCGAUCACGGAGCAUCGAUCAGGCCUUUUUGCAGUUUUUCGGUGACGAGUUCCUGCGGCUGCUCCUGAUCCGGUUCGUGUUCUGUUCAGCUGCGCUGAGACUACACAAGCUGUUCCGGGAAUCUCGGAGCUUCCCGGAAUCGUAUCCCGAGCUGCCGAAGCAGGACACGGUAGAGAGCAGCCUCUUACAGAAGCACAUCCUGGAGCUGGCCGGCAUGCUGGACGCUCAGAGUUUAUUUUGGGACGAUUCGCUGGACAGCUACUGACGUCUCCAGGCGGCGGCGCCGGCGCUCUCACUCAGACUGAGUUUGUUCGUUCCUUUCUGUGGUCGGAAGGUAACCUUUCGUUUCCUCGCAUCCUUCAUUCAGAUGUUCCACCUGGAACCGGGUGUAAUGGUCUGAUUAGUCACCCAGGAAUCCUCAUUCUGAGCCUCAUCAGAAAACCUUUCAGCCUGCAGUUCUCCCCGCUCUGCCAGACCAAACAUUCCAUGUUUUUUUUAACUAUAUUUCUGCAUCGCUGUCAGUUUCAUCAUAAUAAUCCCACCGGAGACGAAGGGUUUAACUGCACCGAUCAUGGAAGGACCUCGCUUCUGACAUUUAAAACAACUCAAAGGAACUUUUCUCCAUCCAGGAAUCCAGGAAGUGCAGCAGAUCCAGGCAGGUCGGGGUUCCUUUCAUCAUUUAGAACCAGACCGACGCCGGCAGUCAGCUUUAGCCUCCUAUGUGAUUCUGUUAAGAGUUUUUCUUCUUGCUGUUUUUACGCAUGCCUAGAAAAAAAAUCAGCUUACUUCAUUCUUUUAUCCACAGAGAAAAAAAGCACAACACAUUUAUGAAGGAAGCGGAGAUAUAAAGUAUGUUUAAGACGAAAGUAGAGCAAAAUAUUCCUAAUAACAGUUUAAGACAACUGUUAUCGAGGUCAUUUUUGAUAAACAGAUAGAUGACUUGAUUAAUUACACGCUGACAUAUAUUUCAAGCAUUUAUCUCUGUUUCUGUUACUUCUAUCCCAGCUUCCUGUGCACACUUUUUCCUUCCACUCAACUUUCCAGCUCUCUGUGAACAACCUGAUGCUGCCUUGUGCGGAAACUGUGAAGCCAGCCGUCCUUCCCAUGGAUCCGAGGGCCAGAACUAAUUACUGCACUGCAAAAAAUCUGAAUCUAGAUAAGUCAUUUUUUUCUUAAAAUAAGUGCAUUUGUUCUUGAAUUGAGGAGGUAAAAGAGACAUUCUGCCAAUGAA